AUAGGAUAUCAUAGCAGUAUCGUCGGUGUUCUGUUGGCGUUGGGUUGUUAGGCGAGAGGGACGGAGGGCGUGCUCCCUCCCUCCAAUCUUCUUCUCUUCUUUUUCAUCUUUCUCUUGUGCUGUGUGCCAAGCCAGACCCAUACAUACACCCAACCCAACCCACCAAUCACUGCCAGCAGCGACGACGGAGUGAGGGAAGCAAGCACGGAAGGAACGCUCGGAUGGCGAUGGGAACGGCUGUGCGGGAGGCGGCGGCGGACGGCGUCGUGACCUUCCUCUGGGUGCUCUGCGUCUCCACGCUCGGCGCCUCCACGGCCGCCGUCACCACCUACCUCAGCCUGCACGAGGGGAUCCACUACGCCCUCCUCGUCACCGUCUCCAUCCUCGCCCUCCUCCUCUUCGCCUUCAACCUCCUCUGCGACGCCCUCGGCGGCGCCAGCUUCAACCCCACCGGCGUCGCCGCCUUCUACGCCGCGGGCCUCACCAGCCCCUCGCUAUUCUCCAUCGCGCUCCGCCUACCAGCGCAGGCCGCCGGAGCCGUGGGCGGAGCUCUGGCCAUCUCCGAGCUGAUGCCGGAGCAGUACAAGCACAUGCUCGGCGGACCCUCGCUCAAGGUGGAUCCCCACACCGGCGCCGUCGCUGAAGGGGUGCUCACCUUCGUCAUCACCUUUGCCGUCCUCUGCAUCAUCGUCAAGGGACCCCGCAACCCCAUCGUCAAGACAGCGAUGCUCUCAGUCUCCACCGUCAGCCUCGUCCUCACCGGCGCCGCGUACACCGGCCCCUCCAUGAACCCUGCCAACGCCUUUGGUUGGGCGUAUGUUAACAAUCUGCACAACACCUGGGAGCAGCUGUACGUGUACUGGAUAUGCCCCUUCAUCGGUGCCAUUCUCGCUGCGUGGACCUUCAGGGCCGUGUUCCCGCCACCGGCCCCUAAGCCCAAGACCAAGAAAGCAUGAUGAACUCAAGCACAAACUUUGACUUAGCAAUUGGGGGACCUGAAGAAGGGAACAUGGUUUGCUAGGGAAUAAUUUGGAAGGCCUGUAUUUAAUCCCCUCAACAUUACAUCGAUGUUUAACUUAAAAGUGAUAAUUUAUCAGUCAUUCAUGUUUACCAUGUGCUUUAUAUUUAUCUUUUUUUAGAGUUU